CAAAAAGGAAGAACUGUGAUGAUAACUUCUUUGAGGUUCUAUCAGCAGUACUUUUAGUGGCCCUACAGCUUUCUUUCUUUCUUUCUUUGAAAGACUCGAUUGCGACCCGCGGAGGCGUCAGCGCUGGCGACGAUGGCGGACGAGGAUUUCUCAAAGGCUUCCGCGGAGGCAGAUCGCGAGAUGACGCGGUUAUGGCGCACAUGGAGAACAGUCUUUGAGAUGUUACUUGACAGGGGUUAUGAGGUUACUGAGGAAGAAGUAAACGUUCCUCUAGCCGAGUUUCGAACAAAGUAUUCCGAUGCGCUUGGCUUUCCCGACCGCAACAAGAUGCGCAUCAGCGCCCGGCCCUCACAAACCAUGAUUGAAAAGUAUACUCCUCUCGCUUCGCCCGCCAAACCCAAUCCCGUUCCCGAAUGCGGCACCAUCUACGUCGAGUUCUGCGCCGACGCCCAAGGUGUAGGAACCAAGCAGGUCCGCGCUUUUAACCACUUCGUCGACGAACAAAACUACCACACCGGCAUCUUUAUAACACAAUCUCCCAUUUCUCCCUCCGCGAUCCGCCUAUUGACCGGUAUUCCCGGACGCUUCUGCGAACAUUUUUUGGAGCAGGAGUUAUUGGUCAAUAUCACGCAUCAUGAGCUGGUGCCAAAACAUGUAUUGUUGAGCGCGGAAGAGAAGAAAAGACUGCUGCAGAGAUACAGGCUGAAGGAAUCUCAGCUACCCAGAAUUCAAAUUGGUGAUCCAGUGGCGAAGUAUUUGGGUUUGAGACGAGGGCAGGUUGUCAAAAUCAUCAGAAAGAGUGAAACAGCUGGACGAUAUGCCAGUUACCGAUGGGUUACUUAA